UCGGUGCGGUAUCGAUUCGGAGCUUGGAACUCGCGACUGUCGGCUAUUCUGUAGUUUUAACAAAAAGAUGAUUCGAAAACAUUUACUUUUUCUGGUAUUGUGUGCUUUGGCUUGGAGUGUACAAGGCCAGGAAAAUCUUUACGAGUUGUCGAUAAUUCACAUUAACGAUUUUCACGCACGCUUCGAAGAGGUCGAUACCGCUAGUGUGACAUGUGACUCGUCUACUGGAGCUGUCUGUGUGGGUGGCUAUGCUCGGACAGUGACCGUCGUGAAACAAUUGCUAGCAGAGAGAACCAAUCCGAUGUACUUCAAUGCGGGAGAUAACUUCCAAGGAACCUUGUGGUAUAAUUUGCACCGGUGGAAUGCCACGGUAGAGUUUUUGAAUAUGCUCCCGGCCGAUGCUAUGACCCUUGGCAAUCAUGAAUUUGACCACGGGUUGGAUGGAAUAAUUCCGUUCAUGGAGCACAUCGAUUCUCCGGUGUUGAUGGUGAACGUCGAUAAUAGCGAGGAGCCUAGAUUUGGAAACUAUCAGAAGUCGAUGGUUGUGGAACGAAAUGGACGGGAAAUCGGCAUCAUUGGUGUUAUUUUACGUGGUAUGGAAGAGAUCACGGAAGUAGGAAGCACGGGGAAACUGGUUUUUGAGGAUGAGAUUGAAACCGUGAAAGCAGAAGCGGAAGCUCUGAAGCAACAGGGAGUGGAUAUUAUUAUAGUGCUGUCUCAUUGUGGAAUUGAGACUGAUCAGGAAAUUGCGGCACAUGCAGGUCCGGAGAUUGACAUCAUAAUCGGUGGUCAUUCACAUACGUUUUUGUAUACGGGCGAGCAUGAAGAAAUUCCCGGAGUGGCUAAAGACGAGUACCCAGUAGUCGUUACGCAGUCAGGUGGUCAUAAGGUACUGAUUGUUCAAGCGGCAGCCUACACUAAACUCGUUGGUGAUAUAGUGUUGUUUUUUGACGAAGCUGGAAUUAUCCAACAGUGGAGGGGAAAUCCAGUGUAUUUGGGUGCUGAUGUCGUUCCUGAUCCCGAAGUCGCUCAGGCUCUGAUUCCCUGGAAGCAAGCGGUUGACGAGGCCGGUGGGCGGCGAAUCGGGUUUACUGCAGUGAGCCUACUCAAAUCGACCUGCGGCUAUGCGGAAUGCAAUCUGGGAAGCUUCGUUGCCGAUUCCAUGGUGGCAGCAUUCGUUCCACUGGCGGAACCCGGUCACUGGACGUAUGCUUCGAUUGCUGUGGUAGCUGUGGGAGGUCUGCGUGUGAGCAUGUUCAAAGGAGCAAUAAGCUUUAAAAAUCUGAUCGAAGUGUUACCGUUUGAAAACAUGUUGGUUUGUGUUGAGCUACGAGGCGAUCGGCUGAUCGGCAUGUUGGAGUAUGCCGUGGAGAAAUCCUGGGACGAAGACAAAUUCAAUGGAGCAAAUAUGCUGCAGAUGUCUGGAUUACGUGUGGAAUACAAUGUAACUAAUCCCGUAGGACAACGAGUACUUGCAGUGGAAGUACUGUGCUACGACUGCUUGGUACCCAAGUACGAACCGCUGAAUGCACUGAAAUACUAUCGAGUGGUAACGAACUCGUUUAUAGCCGGUGGUGGAGACGGAUUUAGCAUGUUUCCGGAGUACGGUCGGAACAAACAAAACGGUCCGAUUGACGUGGAUGCUCUCGAGAAGUACACGAAGGAACAUUCGCCGAUUAUGCAGGGAAUUGACGGUAGAGUUAAGGUUUACACGUGAUGGACGACAGCCGUUAUUGUUUUAAAUGACGAGAGACAAGACAAAUUGAUUUGGCGAUAAGACCGUACUUUUAAUUUUUUGUUUUAGAUAAAUACAUGCUCUUAUCACGAGUGAA